AUGGACCAGAAGGUUCUGAAGAGACUGGUGGAAUCCAUCAGUAAGAGUGUCAACAGCUUCAAAAAGAGUGAAAUAGAGUGUCUCAUAAGAAUUUUUCACAACUUGGUGGGAAGAGGUGACAUAAAACUUGCUAACGUUGGACUAGAUCGUAACACAUUUCGAGUGAUCCUGCACAGCGUAUUUGGAAUGACUGAUGAUGUGCUAAUGAAUAGGGUAUUUUUUGCAUUUGACAAAGACGAUGAUAACUACAUAAAUGUGAAAGAGUGGGUUAAAGGACUAUCAGUGUUUCUUCGAGGGACUUUUGAAGAAAAGCUGAAGUUUUGUUUCGAAGUUUAUUAUUUCAAUGGUGAUGGUUACAUUUCUCGAGAGAGAAUAUAUGACAUGUUGAAGAACAGUCUACACCAACAGUCACCUGGAGAAGAGACUGAUGAAGAAAUAAGAGAGUUGGUAGAUAUAGCACUGAAGAAAAUGGAUUAUGACAACGAUGGCAAGAUAUCUUUUGCAGAUUUUGAAAAAGCAGUGAAAGAAGACAGACUUUUGUUGGAAGUGUUUGGACCAUGUUUACCGGAGGCAAAGAGUUGUCUUGAUUUUGAAGCCCUGGCAUUCCAACAUAUCCUGACUUCUAGUUUUUGA